AUGCGAUUCGGCAAGAAAUGGAAGCUUAGUGCAAAAUAUGUGGGUCCGUAUGAAAUUCUCCAACGUGUGGGGAAAGUGGCUUACAAAUUGGCCUUGCCAAUGGAGUUCGAGAAAAUGCAUGAUGUACUCCACAUUUCCCAACUGAAAAAGUAUGUGCCUAGUGAAACCCAUGUUUUGCAGCUGGAGACUAUUCAACUAGAUGAGUCUCUAACUUAUGAAGAAAGACCAUUCAAGAUACUAGAUCACAAGGUGCGUAGUACUAGAAACAAAGAUGUGAAGAUAGUGAAAGUCUUUUGGUCAAACCAGGAGUACAAAGUGGCUACUUAG